AUGGAGUUGAAGACAUAUUUGCUAACAACUGGAUUUAUCAACUCGGUAGCAGAGACCUCCCUCUUCAUUCUUCGUUGUGUCUCUUCCGUUGUUUACCUGCUUAUCUAUGUUGACGAUAUACUGGUCACUGGCAAUGAUACAGCUCUUCUUCGUAGUACUCUCAUAAGUUUGGAUGAUCGUUUUUCGGUUAAGGAUCAUGAAGACCUCGCAUAUUUCCUUGGUAUUGAAGCUAUUCGCAACUCCACUGGUUUGUAUCUCACUCAACGGAACCUUCACACAGCCAGACAUUUCCUCUCGCAGUACAUGCAUCAUCCCACAGACUUACACUGGCAAGCUGUUAAGCGAGUGCUUCGCUACUUAUGUGGUACACCCUAUCAUGGCAUUCUCCUCAAGCGUCAACCACCCCUAACGCUUCAUGCUUACUCCGAUGCCGAUUUGGGUGGUGGCAAGGUUGAUAUGGUCUCUACAAAUGCUUACAUUGUAUACCUUGGUUCAAAUCCGAUCUCUUGGUCAUCUAAGAAACAGAAGGGGGUUGCGUGA